AUGGACUAUGAACCUCCAUUUUUAGAGAUCUACAAGCACCUUCUACAAAACUCGCAUGGUGUUGGUGUUAAUGACAUAAGAAACGACAAAACCGAGUGCUGUGAGCUUCCUCUGAUUGAUCUAAGCCGGUUAAGCCUCGACCACGUUGAGAGGGAGGAGUGCAUGGAAGAAAUCAGAGGUGGUGCCAGAACUUGGGGUUUUUUCCAGGUUGUGAAUCAUGGGGUUUCGCAGGAGCUGCUUCAGAAUCUGCGGCAUGAGCAAAUGGAAGUGUUCCGCAACCCCUUUUCAACAAAAUCCGGAGAAAAUUUCUUGAACUUACCCGCCAGAAGUUAUAGGUGGGGCAACCGAUCUGCCAGAGACUUGAGCCAAAUUUCAUGGUCAGAAGCCUUCCACAUGUUUCUUCCAGAUAUAGCUAGGAUAGAGGACCAGCACCAAAGUCUCAGAUCAAGUAUUGAAGCUUUUGCAUCUGCAGUUGCCCCACUGGCAGAAAGCUUAGUGCAAAUUCUAGCUCAGAAACUGAACAUCAAAAUCAGCUAUUUCCAAGAGAAUUGUUCAGCAAACACUAGCUUUCUUCGGCUGAACAGAUAUCCACGAUGUCCAUUCCAUUCAAGGGUGUUUGGCCUCUUACCUCACACUGACUCCAGUUUCCUCACUGUAGUGAACCAGGACCAGAUUGGGGGGUUGCAAUUGAUGAAAGAUGGAAAGUGGGUUAGUGUCAAACCUAACCCCCAAGCUCUUGUUGUUAAUAUUGGUGAUUUAUUCCAGGCAGUGAGCAAUGGCAUGUACAGAAGUGCAAAACACCGGGUGGUGGGAGCUGAGAAGGUGGAGAGAUUCUCAGUGGCAUAUUUCUAUAACCCUAGGAAAGAUGCAGUGAUAGAGAGCCACAUGAUGCCAGCAGUGUACAGAAGGUUUACUUUUGGAGAGUACAGAGAGCAGAUAGAGAAAGAUGUUAAGGAAACAGGUGAUAAAGUGGGGCUCCCUAGGUUUCUCUUGAAGAGACAUGGCCACAAUGACACCCCAAGAAAUAAAUUUUAUCACCAGAAGUAA